AUGGCCCACGACGAAGCCACCAGUAUUGCAACACACAAAUACGGCACCUCCAGCAGCUUCCGCACAGGCAUUUUCGCCGCUUUCGCCGCUAUAGCCUGGUACAACGCCAUCGAACUUAUAAUCCUUUGCUUCAUCUCCUUCAAGCGUUGGAAGGGAACCUACUUCUGGAGUCUACUCAUCGCCUCCACUUGUAUAAUACCCAACUGUCUGGGUUUCAUCCUCCUUUUCUUCCCAACCAGCGUGACGCCCUGGCUAUGCGUUACUUUCAUUCUACUCGGCUGGAUUGGCAUGGUCACUGGCCAGUCGGUAGUCCUGUGGUCGCGGCUGCAUCUUGUGCUACAGAAUAACAAGUUACUCUGGCAUUUGCUGUGGGUUAUCGGUAUCAAUGCCGUGCUGCUCCAUCUCCCGACAAGUAUCCUGUUAUACGGAACAGUUGCCUACCCCACAGGCGCCUGGGCCCGCGGGUACAAUAUCAUGGAACGGGUCGAGCUAGUUGGUUUCUGUCUCCAAGAACUGAUUAUCUCGAGCAUCUACGUCUGGGAAACUGUUAAGCUGCUCCGACUGCGGCCGGAAGGUCGUCCGCGGGGAAUCUUAACCCAGUUGCUUGUUGUUAACAUUAUAAUUGUGCUUCUGGAUAUCACUGUUGUUUUUGCCCAGUUUGUGGGUCACUACGCCAUGCAGGUGAUGUUCAAGUCUGUUGCGUAUAGUAUAAAACUGAAACUUGAGUACACCAUCCUCGGCAAAUUGGUUGUUGUUGCGCGUGGGUGCGACAGUCAGGAACUGCCGUUAUGUGAGCGUGAUAUCAAUGAGGUUAGCUCGUUUCCGUCGGAUAGAGAUCCACAGUCGAAUCAUGGGGUCUAUUCAAUGGGGAAAAAGCGGCAGGGCCUGGGCACUAAAGUGAAUUGGGAAAGCCAAGCAAUGGCAGAGGAAAUCAUGUACAUAGGUCGGUAG